AAAUUAAAUUCUAACUGCCUUGCGACGCAACCUUGGAAACUCCCCAACUACAACACUGAAGCCAGCAAACUCACAUACCCGAUUCGAUCCCGAUGUCCAAUUUCCAGAUGUGUACUACAAAUGACAAAUCGCCGAAGACCAUCUGAUAUGCAGACCGAGUCCGCUAGUCCCUCUAGAUUCCAAUUCCUACAAUUCGAGACCCUUUCCAGGGAAUUCGGUCUUAGCAACGGCAAUAGCGACGAAAAACGAAAAUAGAAACAGUAGCAACGGGAGCGGCGGCGGAAAUUACUAGUCCUUAUGGCUUUGCAAAUACUACGAGUCUAGAAGUUAAAUAUGUCCGGUCGCAAGCUUGGCGGGGGGAGAAUAUUGGGUAACGGAAAGGGCCUCGCGCCUCCGGCUCCUCCAGCCAUCCGGAGGGAGAGAGCUACGAGCCCGUCCGGCCAGUCUGCUCCGUCCGAUAGUACCUUGUCUAUCGGCUCCCCCGCCGCCUCCCUCUCCCCCGGAACCAGUCCGUUACCCGACUUUGCCCAAGAUCUUGCUUCCAACAUCAGCUUGGGAGGACCAAGUAAUGGCAGUCAGUCGGGAUCCAAGCUUGUGUGUCCCAUAUGUGAGGAGGAGAUGUUGACUCUGCUGCAAUUGAACCGCCAUAUCGAUGAUACGCACCAGGAACUGCCCGAAAUCGAACAGGACGAGGUCAAGUCUUGGAUAGAUAAGCAGGUCCUCAAGGCUAAGAAGUUUCAACCGCUCUCUCUUAUUAACCAAAAGCUUCGUGGCCUCGAAGUCUUCGAAUCCAACGAAUCGCAACCGCUUCCCGCGCCGGUCCCUGUGAGGGCGAAUAGAGCUCCCGUUCCCGAUUUACCCCUAGAUCCCGAUGAUAUAAUUACCAAAUCUCACUGGCAACGGCCGGGUCCGAGCGACUUAUGCACGGAUCCGGCGUGUGGAAAGAGGUUGGGUGCUGUCAACGGCAGUAUCAACUGCAGGCAGUGCGGGAGGUUAUUCUGCGAGGAGCAUACCAUGUACCAGAUGAAGCUGUCGAGGUCAGCGUCGCACGAGCCUGUGAGGGGCUAUUGGUAUAGGGUCUGUGAAACAUGCUACAAAUCAAGAGAGGGAUAUAACGAUCAUAAUGGGCUCACAAGAGACCAUACGAAAGAAUUCGCGGCUGUACGGAGAAAGAGAGUUGAUAGGCAGACACUCGAAAUAUCACGGCUGGAAAAGAGGCUCACUAAGUUGACCCAACUGCUCGCGCAUUUACCUGAGGAAGCAGGAGCAAGCGGUGGAACAAGUCUGCUCUCCCCUCUGGCUGCUCAGAGGAAUCAGCGGAAGGCUAUCGAGCAGACGAUAGUAACAUGGGAAGACGACGCGAAGGUUGCAAAAUGUCCAUUUUGUCAGCAAGAAUUCUCCUGGACGUUCAGGAGGCAUCAUUGUAGGAUAUGCGGGCGUGUUGUGUGUUCCGAUCCGCAAACGGGGUGCUCAUCCGACGUUGGCUUGAACGUCGCAAAUUCAUCUGCUCUUACGUCUGAGAAAUCGGCAGGAAGCAGCCCCAUAAGUGUCGAUAUUCGCAUGUGUCGGGAUUGCAAGUUUACUAUCUUCUCUAAAAGGGAUUUCAUGGAAUCUAUCGUGCACAAACCGCCCGAUCAACGGGCCUACGAGACGCUUAAACAAUUUGAACGCGGUAUACAGCUUUUGAUACCUACCUUUCAAAGAGCUCUCCUGCCAUUGCAGGAUGAGAACCACCCGCCCAGUCACGCGCAGAUCCAAGAAGCUUCCAAGAUCAGGAAACGUCUCACUGAUAGUUUCACUAAAUACGACGUCGCUGCUCGGCGAAUACGCGAUAUGAAGACGGAUAACCCGGCUCAACGACAGCUUCAGAAAGCUAUCCACCAAGCAGCAUCUUCUUUCUUGCACAUGCAUAUGCUACCGCUGAAAAACUUGCCCCGUAUGCUGAAACAUCAUAGUUCCAGCUCUACUUCGUCUAGGAAUCGGCUUCUCACGAAUGGUCACGUGGCGAGCCCGCUGCGUAACGGCAGUGACACAUUAGAAACGGCAAGUCAGACGAGCGAAACUAGCACUGUCGUGUCGGCGCUCGAGACGGAGGAAAAGGAGCUACGCGAGCGCCUGAUCGUGCUAGAGGAGCAGAAGUACAUGGUACAAAAGAUGAUCGAUAGUGCGCAUGGAGCCCGGCGGUUUGAAGAAGUCAGCGCCCUGACGCGGAACGUCGAGGAGCUUAAUACAGAGAUCGAGAGCAUUAGAGGUAAGGUCACGGCCGUCGAGGACAGGUGGCAGGGCCUAUAUGCGAAUGGAGGGCCUGGACUGAUCUCGUGAUAAAUCGCCUUACGAGGAAGAGGCGGAAAACAUCAAAACAAGCAACUAGUGAAUAAAGGGGAUAGAGGAGAGGCUUGGCGCGGAAGCGAAUGUGAGAGCUCAUGCUUACUGUACAGACUUCAGAUUACUGCAUCGGCACUGGCGUUGUUGGUUGGGUAUUGGCUACCUUGAAUCUACUUACGCAGGCGCCGUCAUUUGUAAAAGGGGUUUGGAAAUUAGGUCUCCUUUAGAAUCCCCAACUGUCUAUUCUAAUAUUCGUAGUCCAUGUACAAUUUAGCCAAUAAUAUGGAUGCAAAAACGACU